AUGGGAUUACCAAGUGUCUGCCGUUGUUGUUUAGCUGAAGGAAUGCACAGAGACAUUGAUAUCCCAUACAUUAAUGAUGAAAGUAAAGAAAUUUAUUCCAACAUGCUUCAGGAAUGUUUUAAUAUUGAUCUAUCUACACAGGAGAAAUCAAAGUCAAUAUGCCUUAAAUGUAUUACACGAUUAAGAGAUGCCCAUGAUUUUAAGCAGCAAGUUGUCUAUUCCGAAAAGAUGAUUACUAAAGUAUUGCAGGAGAGAAUUGUUGAGGCAGUACCUAUCAAGUGUGAAAUGAAGUCUGAAGAUGAGAAUUGUAAUGAUGUAGAAGACGGCCUGUUCUUAAAUGUUGUUAAAGAAGAAUUAAAAAAGAAAACAAAAGAAAAAGUUAAAAUAAAAAAACCAAGGGGAUCAAAGAGAAAUUUGGCUCUUAUAAAAAGAAUUUCAAAUGACAAGAAAAUGAAAAAUAUACUUAGUACAGUAAAUGAGCUAAAAUUAAUUACAAAACCUCCGCACGAGAAAGACAAACAUAAAGAAAAUCUGGCAAUACUUUUAAAAUACUCAAAUGUAUUGCCUUUUAAGGACAAAUCUUUGGUUGGAUUCAUCUGUGGAUAUUGUGAUAAGACCUAUGAAGAUCCAUUAGAUCUUAGGAGCCAUACGGAAUAUGACCACAAGAGUGAGAGGCUAGAACUAUACACACCAUCGGACUUAAAUGACUGUCAAAUAAAACUAGAGGUCUCUAACCUAAAAUGCACAAUAUGCGAAGAACAUGUAGAAAAUUUACAAAAACUCAAAGAGCAUUUAGUGAAUAGCCACAAUAAAUCCAUUCAUAAUGACAUUAAGGACCACUUAACUCCCUUUAAAUUGACAAAAGGCGAUAUUUUUAACUGCAUAAUGUGUGCUUCAACUUAUGAAACAUUCAAAAUGCUCAAACAACAUAUGAAUGUACACUAUAAUAACUAUGUAUGCCAUUGUGGAUCCACAUUCAUAACAAAGAGAUCUCUGACUGCACACAAAACUACCCACAUUGAGGGUAGUUUCAAAUGCGACUUAUGUGAGAAAAUAUUUUCUAAUCGUGCCAAGAAAUCCUACCAUGAAAGAACAUCUCACUUAGGCUGUAGAAAUAUUAGUAAUUGUCCAUAUUGUGAUGAAUCAUUCAGAAGUUACUAUCAACGGAACCAGCAUUUGGUGAAGGUACAUAAUACAGAAGCCCAGUAUAAGUGUAAUAUAUGCAACAAAGGGUAUAUUCUCAAGAGCCUUUUGAUGACCCAUAUUAAAAAAAAUCAUAUGAUGGAAAGGAAUUAUCAAUGUGUAGAAUGUGGGUACAAGUUUUUCAAUAGCAAAACGCUAAAGGCACAUAUGGUAAAGCACACUGGGGAGAGGAAAUAUGCAUGCGAGAUAUGCACUAAAUCAUAUGCAAGGAAGUAUACAUUAAGGGAGCAUAUGAGGAUACAUAAUAAUGAUAGAAGGUUUAAAUGUGAAUUAUGUGGUAAUGCAUUUGUGCAAAAGUGUAGUUUGAAAAGUCAUUUGCUGUCCCACCAUGGUAUGAGUAUUCCAGCUUGUGAGAUUUCUGUUGCAUCUUAA